AUGAUGGAUCUUUCUAUUAAUAAUCAAAAAAUAUCUUCUGAGGAAAGUAAAUCACCUAAAUCAAAUAAUAUAAUAACAUCAAAAAUUUCUAAAUUUUCAAUUGAUGAUAUUUUAGAAGGUAAAAAAAAAGAUUCAACAAGUAGUUCUUUAAUUACCUCACCAAUAUUAAAUAAUGAAGACCAACCAUUGGUAAAAGUUUGGGAGAUAAUUGCAGGAAAAGGAUUAAUUGAUACAUUAAAAGGUAAUAACGAUCUUAAUUGUAAUCCAUUGUUAAAUAAUAAACCAUACAAUUUUCCACCACCAUGGAUUAAUGAGACAACAUUAAAUAAUAUAGAAAAUGGUGGGACACUCGUUGAAAAACUUAAUGGUAAAUUAUCAUUUAAUCUUUUUCCUUAUGAUGAAUAUAAAGAUCAUUUAUUAGAUAAAGUUAAUAAUAUAAUGCUUCCAUUAAAUAAACAUCCUAAUAAAAAUGAAUGUGUUAAUGGAGGAAAAGAUUCAUAUGGUAGUGAAUCUAUUAAAAGUAAUAAUUCUGCUAAUAUUCCUAUCUCAGAUAAUGAAGAAUAUGAAGGAGGUGAACAUUUAAGUGAUGAUGAUGUUUCAAUAAUAAAUGGUGAUGGAUGUUCAUCAACAUCACGUAAAAAGAAAACAAGAACAGUUUUUUCAAGACAUCAAGUAUCACAACUUGAAAUGACAUUUGAUAUGAAACGUUACUUAAGUAGCCAGGAACGUGCACAUUUAGCAUCAAAUUUACAUUUAACAGAAACUCAGGUAAAAAUUUGGUUUCAAAAUCGUCGAAAUAAAUGGAAAAGGCAAGCAGCAUCUGAUGGCGAAAUUCCUGGUACUUUUAAUAUCUCCACCCCUUCAAUAACAAAUCCUCUAAAUAUCUUUGCACAUACAACAAAUAAUAGACCAACCAAUCCAAUGGCUUUGUCAGCUUUAACCAAUGAACAUUUACAUAAUAUAUUAACUAAUAACACUUUAUUUCCUCAAGUUAAUAGAACAUUAAAUAUUAGUAUUCUUAAUAAAGGUACGCCUUCAAAUAGCCCACCAUCAAAUGGUACAACAAAUAAUCAAUCAUGCAUUCCAACAUCAUUAACAUCUGGAGAAUUAGUUAAUUUUGAUGGAACAACAAAUUCAGUAGCAGCAGCAGCGGCAGCAAAAUUGUUGCUUAAUACAUAUGGUGCAUUAGCUGGAAUGAAUUCACAAUCACUUGUUUAA